AUGGUCGGCAAUGAGAUCGUCAAACAGUGUCUUGCGGACGCGCGCAUCACAAAGGUCGUUAUUCUCACUCGAAAGGCCGUGUCGAUGGAUAUUGAGAGCCACCCAAAAGCGGAUGUCAUUAUGAUUCAGGAUUUCGCGAGGUAUUCCGAUGAAGUUUUACGGCGACUUGAAGGGUCUUCAGCGUGUUUAUGGGCCAUUGGAGCACGGCUAGAUCGUCUCAGCCACGACAAGGCACUUCUUCACCACGUCAACGUGGAACUACCACUCACGGCAGCAAAAACAUUGAGCGAGCGCAUAGCACCAAAGACACCAACAGGCAACAAGUUCAACUUUGUCUUCUGCAGCAACAGGGCCAACUCAAAGGCAUCUUCACUGCUCUCGCUCGGGGACCCAAGAAAGCCAAAGUCCGAGGCGGAGAAGGGUCUAUGCGAGAUUGCAGACGCCAGCCCUGAAACAUUUAGCGCUUGGAUCUUAAGACCCAGCGCCAUCGUCACCCCAGAUGCGCCCAAGAAGAGAAGACUUGUAGGCGGUCGCUCUGCUCACGGUAUUGAAGUUGCUCAAAUGGCCAAGGCUUUUGUCAAGGUAGCCUGCGAGGGCUAUAAAGAUCGUAUCAUUGACAAUGAUGCGCUGCUGAAAAUCUCUUGUCCUCUUGCGUCCACUGCUAAUUUACGCAAUCAUAGUGACGAGUCCAUCUCGAGGACAAUAUUUCUUGUAAAGCUCGUUGUCCCGAGCUUAAGUAUGCAAAGGCGAAAGUCCUCAGUCUAUAUCAUGAACCAGUUCCCUUCUCCGUGUUUUAGUGUCAAUAUUCUUUGGUCUAUUGAGACUGAAAGGCAAGGCCAACUAUUGAUCAAACUGUGUUAA